UUUCACCGGAAGACGUGUCGUUUGAAUCAGGAUAUCGCGAUAUUUCACGGACGGACGGAAACGGAAUUCAAAACUAGGCGCUCCAACCGGCGACAUCUGCGUAAAACGAUGGCAGCAGAGGAGCUGGAGCUGCUGAGGAACCGUCUGAGGGAGCAGGAGGAGCAGGUCCGCAAGGCCGCUCAGGCUGGCCUGGGUCUGCUUAACCAGCAGGUGGAGCUACAGAGCCAGCUGGAUGAGCAGAGGGUGGAGAUGACCAAAACCAUUGAGGCUCUUGAGCAAGACAAGUACUCCCUACAGAGGGAGCUGGAUCUAAAAACCCAAAUGUUAGAGUUUCUUCAGUCCGACUACGAGACGUUCAAAAAGCAACAGAAGCAGACGCUUGAUGAGCAUCAGGAACAUCUGGAGAGGAGUCACAACAUGGCCCUGAGCGAGCUCCACAACAAGAUUCUGAAGAUGCAGUCUGCUCUGGAGGAAUCCCAGCUGAUGGAGAAACAGCUGAAGCACAAGCUGGAGGUCCAAACGGAGACACUUAACAACAAGGUGGAGGAGCUCCGAGCUGUCAACGACCGUAGCCAGACUCUCGUGCCGUCUGAGAUGAUGGAGGUGCAGAUUUCUGAGCUGGAGAAUAGGAAGGUGGAGCUGGAGCAGACUCUGCAGGAGAGUCUGUGCCGAGAGCAGCAGGUGGAGCUGAGAGCCUGCAGCCUGCAGCGCCAGCUGGAGCGACUCACAGAGGAGAAGGAGGAGAGAGAGAGAGAAGCUGUGUCCUGCUUUAAUGCCUUAGAGAAAUCUCGAGAAGUGAACCGAGACCUCCAGAUCCAGUUGGAUCAGGUUCUUCAGCAGGCCCAGGAUCCAAACAGUAAGGGGAACUCGCUGUUCGCUGAGCUGGAGGACAAGAGAGCUGAGAUGGAGAAACAGCUCAUCAGCAUGAAGGUUCAGUACCAGUCCCUGCAGAAGCACCAUGCCUUCAGCAAGCAGCAGAUGCAGCGCAUGAAGAUCCAGAUAGCCACUCUGAUGCAGCUGCUGGGUUCUAAAGCUGACUCGGACCAGGUGGAGAGACUGCAGGACAUGUUGUCGGAGAAGAAUGAAGAGAUCCAGAAUCUGAAUGCUAAACUCCAGAGACUGGAGAGGUCAGAGAUCCUGUUAAAAGCCCACUCAGCCAGUCAGUCUCCAGCAGGGAACUCUGAUGGUCCAGAUGAGACCUACUACACUGACCUUCUCAGAAUGAAGCUCAGCAACAGCGAGAAAGAUGUCGAGCGUUUAGGAGACGAGCUUUCCCGGCAGAGGAUGAAGUCUCUGUCUGAGAGUCAGAGAGCGCUGCAGCUGGAGAGGAAGCUGUUCAAGUCUGAGCAGCUGCUGAAGCAGGCUCAGAGUGACAAGUUAAAGCUGCAGCUGCGUGUGGAAGAGCUUCAAUACAAAUAUGAACCCAAAGAGGUGGAAAAUAACCCUGUCCAGAGGAAAAGGAGGGAGAAGCUUCCUGUGGACAUCCCUGCCCCCCCUGAAGGCAUUGCUCGUGGUGAGCAGAUGGCUGCUGUGGAAGUGACGGACUCAAAAACAGCUGACUUGGAGGCCGUUGAGACAAACCGCUGCUCAGAAGCUUCAGGGUCAGACCCGCGACCUGCCAAGUGUGUGAGGAUCAGCGUUGAAGACUCGGAUGUGACUGACAGUCGUCCUUUACCUAAAGAGAACCAGCAGCAGAAUGAGCGGAAGGAGGGACGACGGAGGAGGCUCCAGCCCGUGGAGGUGAUUCAUGUGAAGUCCAACAACAGCAUGGAGAACCAGUGUGCUCAGCAGUGAAGAUGGGGAUGGCUCUUUUAGUGGCGGCUGGCCACUAGAGGGCAAUAGGGUGCCGCCCCCCAGUUUUCCCCAAUGUUUUUAAUUUUGAUUUAAAAAAUAUAUAAAUAAAAUUAACAAUAAUCACAUUCUAAGUUAAUUGUGUGUUUUGUAACAAAAACAAAUUAUACAUAUAUAUAUAUAAUUGGUGAGAAGCUCCCUGCCAAGUGGUGGAGGCGACAGAAAGAUGCCCAAACAGCAGUGAAGCAGCCAGCCAAUAGCUGACAAGAAAAUCAAAGGUAUAGGAGUGGGAAUGCAUCCAAUCAGCGACGUCGAUUCGGAAGCCGAAGGUCGAUAGAGCUACCUCCCAAGGCUGUUGUUGAUGUUCGGGUUGAGCUCGACAGUCUCGACUACUCGAGCAAGGUAUUUGGUCGUGACGCAGAUGCAGUGAUGGACGUGAGUGGGCCUACAACAAGCAUGGAUACCGGAUCUGAGCAGCCACUGAAUUCAGUUCGGUCUCUUCUCCAGUAUCCGUUCGAGAGAACAAUGGUUGAAAAACUUAAUGUCAAAGAGCUUGGACCAGAUCAGCCCGACGUAAAGAUAAGCCAGCAGGACAAGGAGAGAGGUAAACUGUACACUCGAGGCUUCUCUCGAAACUGGUACACCAGGAAGGCUUGGCUAGCUGGAUGCGAUCACGCUAAUGCGUUAUUUUGCUUUCCGUGUUUGUUAUUCCAAACGACUGGGACAGAUAAGGUAUGGAUGAGUCAGGAGUUACAGACAUGAAACAUUUUUCUGAGAAGGUGAAGAAACACGAGUCAUCCCGGGCACACAUGGACAACAACACGGUGAAGCUAGCCAUGCUAGGCAGAGCUCACAUUGCCAUGCAGCUCAACAAGGGCACAGGCUUGCAGUGAAGAAACACAAUGAAGAAGUGGAUCGGAACCGGCACAUUUUGUCCAAGAUAAUUGACUGUGUAAAAUUUUGUGGAGCAUUUGAGCUGGCUUUGCGUGGCCAUGAUGAGACUGAAUCCUCAGACAACCCGGGCGUCUUCAGGGGCCUAGUGGAUCUGGUUGCUCCACUUGAUAAUGUGUUGGAGGAUCAUCUGAAGACGGCGACACUUUAUAAAGGCACCUCAAAGACCAUGCAGAACGAGCUGUUGGACUGUAUGUUGUCAGUUAUUAAAACCCACAUUCUUGGAGAGGUGAACAAUGCAGAUUAUCUUGCUAUUCAGGCAGACUACUGACAUUUCCACCUGCUGCCAGUUGGUGCUUGUGUUACGGUAUCUCGACAGUCAGAACAGCAUUCAAGAGCGUUUUCUCGAGUUCAUCCCUCUUCAGAAUGCAACCGCUGACACUAUUUCUACAGCGCUGUUGGAGAGGCUGAGCAAGAUCAUCCCUGCUGGAAAAUAGGGAAAACUAAUUGCCCAGGCCUAUGAUGGGGCUGCAGUGAUGAGGGGAGCCACAGGUGGAAUGCAGUGUAAGGUGAAUGAUGUGUACACAAGUGCACACUACAUCCACUGCUAUGCCCGUCAGCUGAACCUCAUCAUGCAACAGGCAACUUCACACAUCUGCAGGAUCAGAACUUUCUUUUCAGACCUUGGUGGAUUUGCUGCUUUCUUCUCCCGGUCAUUCAAGCAAACCGCUGUGCUUGAUCAAGUGGUGGCACACAGACUUCCAGCAACUUCAGCAACCAGGUGGAACUUCCACAGUCGUGCUGUCAACACAGUGUAUGAGCACAAGGAUGACCUCCUCAGAUGAUCAGAGACUCUGAUGACUUUGUUCCAAUCACUGAGAGAGAGGCAGGACGCAGGAGGCGUUGUGAGAAUGCUGGAGGAAGAAGAUUACUGCUUUCUGCUGGCAUUGUUUCACAAGAUCACGCCACAUGUGGACAUGCUGUUCAACCAGCUGCAGAAGAGGAACAUUGACUCGGUCUACAUCACAGGGGUCAUCUAGAGCUUCACCAACAGCAUGCAACAGAUCAGGUACAUACUUGUUUAUUUAAUAUUAUUGUGAUGAAAUUCUCCAGUAUGUUAGUUUCACAAACAGUAAUGUGGAUGUGGAACUUGUGUCUCAUUAGGGACUCCAUUCAUUCUCUGACUGAGGAAUGCAGCGCAUCAAUGCAACAGCAGCCAACAAAGAAACGGAGGACAUUUGGACAGGGAGAACAGCAGCUGGGUGCAGAGGUUUGUGACACCAUCCUUUUACCAAGCACCUCGUUGCUGCCACUCUGCUACAAAGUGACUUGUUUGUGCAACACACAGCACAGUUCCCAGAUGCAGCACUGGCGACCGCUGUAGAGGCCUACCCCAUGCUGAACAAAGCUAAGCUCAGAACAGAGCUAUUCCUCAUCUAUGAGAACCAUGAGUUCAGGGCUUGCAUUGGUGCACUGACUCCCUUCCAGUUUUUCAUGAAGAACAAUCUUCAAAGCACGUUCACAGAGACUGUCACUCUUUUGGAGAUUCUUGUCACCACACCCAUGACCACAGCCGAAUCAGAAAGGUGCCUUUCUACUUUAAAGAGGAUUAAGACUUUCCUUGAGGAACACCAUGACACAGGAUGGGCUGAAUGCUCUUGCCAUGCUCUCCAUGGAAAAACAAGCCUGUCACAAACAUUCCUGACUUCAAUAAAAAGGUCAUCGAGAGCUUUGCCACUCAGAAGGACAGAAGGGCAAAAUUUCUGUACAAAUGAGGUAUCACACACACACACAAACACACACACACACACACACAUGCAUCCACUUGAUCUUUGUAUAAAGUUGACCUUGGCACAACACUCCAGAAAUAUUUAACAGUGUAAAUUUCUGGCAUUUUGUCUAAGUAGUGUUUACUACCAUUACUGUAACAGUGACCUGCUCAUAAUGUUUGGUGUUCACUCAAAUGUUGAAAUUAAACAAAAUGUUUUUGUUA